UUUGUAUCAUGUCUUCUGUAGUGACCAGAGGCAAACUACAUGCCUGUCAUUAGCUGGCCACUUAGUCUUCUCUAAAUGCCUGGUACCUGUUUGCCUACCCGGAAGCAGUAGGUAGUUGACUAAAUCAGACCGUCAAAUUAAAGCCAAGCAAACGCAGAAACAGCGAUAUUUGCUUAUGUUCUUCCCACAGAAGGCCCCGAUUAUAAACCACCAGCAGGUCUUAGGUCGUCACACCCAUUGGAACUUGCCUGACGUUCCCCGCUCACGCAAACAAACUUCCUAGGGCGCACGGAGAGUCCUCCUUUCUUGGACGCGAAGCGCACACACGCCGUCCAUUCGCCUUCAUGCAUGGUUUUCGCUUGAUGUUGCAGGGAUUCUUCCUCCCCGAUGUUCAUUUCUUUCCGCUAUGGCGACUAUGAAAAGAAAAGUAACCGAUGAGCUCAAAGUGGAUCUGGGUUAACCUCGACUCCUUGCAAUUCAGAAGACUCUGUGAUUUGACCUAUUUUCCCUCCUGUGCUAAUCUAUUUAUCCGGCUGAUCCUUUUUUUUUCUACCUCUUGCAAUAUGUGAUUCGGCUCUUUAUCGUUCCUGGACGUGAUCUGGAAUUAGAGCGACGCGAUCCUGUGACACCUUCCAGAUACUUUACUAAAGCAAGAAGCUACCGUGACAAGCGGGUUAUUUGAUUACAAUUUAAGAAUGGCAUGUGGUUUGACUUUUAUUUAAGUUUGUCACAAAACGACCCACUUCGGGUGAAAGUCGUUUUCGCUUAGCGAGUGCCUGGUUUCAGGGGAAAACAGAAAAACACGUAACUCUGGGGCUGCUGAAGUGAGAAAGAAACGUGCUUUGUCGGGAUUACUCUUAAUUAAGGAACUUCUUAUAAUGCCACCCGUUUAACUUUUAAAAAGGAACUGGAAAUAAUAGCGGGGAAUAAUGUCAUUCUACUGGAGAAAGCGCCGGUCCAAGCUCAUACUUUGCAUAAUUGGAGUUUCUCUUUUGGGGUAUUUUAUUUUUCACAAGAACACGGAUGUUGAGUUGCUAGACAAAAGAUAUGUCGCAACUCGUGAUGACAUGGAGGACGACGAAUUGGUAAAAAGGCUGGUUUAUGAAAAGCCUCCUCUGGACGUCAAUGCCCUGGGUGAAAUGGGACGAGCUGUCACACUCGACUUGAAUGAAACGGAGAAAAUGAAAGAAGAACUGAGUAUUAAAAAACAUCAGAUCAACAUAUACGUCAGCGACAAGAUAUCCCUGCACCGCAGGUUACCAGAAAGGUGGAAUCCGCUUUGCAAGGAUGUGAAGUACGACUACCGUAACCUGCCGUCUACGUCGGUGGUGAUCGCCUUCUACAACGAGGCGUGGUCGACUCUGCUGCGGACCGUACAUAGUGUGCUGGAGACCUCCCCCGACAGGCUCUUGCGGGACAUCAUUCUCGUCGAUGACUACAGUGACCAGGACCACCUGAAGGAACGCCUGGAGGUGUACAUAUCUACCCUGCGUAAGGUCCGCCUGAUCCGUGCGCGCAAGAGGGAAGGUCUGGUGAGAGCUCGCCUCCUGGGUGCUUCCAUCGCCACGGGGGACGUGCUCACCUUCCUGGACUGCCACUGUGAGUGCCACGAGGGUUGGCUGGAGCCUCUGCUCCACAGGAUCAAUGAGGAGCCGGCAGCGGUGGUGUGUCCUGUGAUUGACGUGAUUGACUGGAACACCUUCCAGUACCUGGGCAAUGCCGGGGAGCCCCAAAUCGGGGGCUUUGACUGGCGGCUGGUCUUCACAUGGCACCCUGUGCCGGCGUACGAGCAGGCCAGGCGUCGUUCUCCCACGGACGUGAUCAGGUCCCCUACCAUGGCUGGGGGGUUGUUUGCCGUCAGUAGGAAGUAUUUCCAGUAUUUGGGCACAUAUGACACUGGAAUGGAGGUUUGGGGUGGAGAGAACCUGGAAUUUUCCUUCAGGAUCUGGCAGUGUGGCGGCAGCCUGGAGAUCCACCCCUGUUCCCACGUGGGACACGUCUUCCCCAAGAAGGCGCCGUACUCGCGCAGCAAGGCACUGGCCAAUAGCGUGCGUGCCGCUGAGGUCUGGAUGGAUAAGUACAAGGAGCUCUUCUACCAUCGCAACCCCCACGCUCGCCUGGAGGCAUAUGGAGAUGUGACAGAGCGACGGAAUCUCAGGAGGCAGCUGGGCUGCAAAGACUUCAAGUGGUUCCUGGAGAAUGUGUAUCCGGACAUCAGCGUCCCGGAGGAUAAGCCCGGGAUGUUCGGGAUGCUAAAGAGCAGGGGACUGUCCAACUACUGCUUUGACUACAACCCCCCAGAUGACCAUAAUCUGGCUGGUCAUCGAGUCAUUCUCUACCCCUGCCAUGGCAUGGGGCAGAACCAAUUCUUUGAGUACACCAGUGACAAUGAGCUCCGCUACAACACCCGGGAGCCCGCAGGCUGCGUCGCUGUGGACUCCGGGGAUGUGUACCUCACAGUGCACCUGUGCCGCAAGUUUGGGCAGCCCGUGCCUGACGACCAGAAGCUUAUCUUCAGACAGGACGGUUCCCUCUUUCACACCCAGACGAAUAUGUGCGUGGAAGCCAUAGCUAAGGUAGCUAAUGAGGAGCCUGCUCCAACCCUUCGACCCUGCUCCAACUCCAUCCACCAGCAGUGGUUCUUCGAGGAGAGGUCGUAGGGGCCGCUGGCCGACCCGUGGUGAGACGUGGGAAAAGACCCUGGCCCAGAUCUUGCCGUCGAUGGCCAUCCCGGGCCGGCGACGACUCUUUCAACUCUGUGUCGAUCUUUCUCACUUUCUCAUUUCAGCCAGAACGGCGGUUGAAUCAUGGAGUCAAACAGUUCAGGUGCCGAAAGUAAAAAUCCGUACCAGGUCUUUUUUUCAACCAACCUGCUGAAUAUAAAGAGUCACAGUGACAAAGUACAAACUUGUUAGUUGAAACAAAAUCUUUGUCUGGAUUUGUACUUUCUGCAGCUGAAAUAUCUGAGCUAUAGCAUGCUGUGGUUGACCUGUAUGGACUGUGUCAGUGUGUCUGUAGUUAAGACUGCUGUCCUAAACAUGAUUUUGGCUCCCUGCUAGUCGACAGGAUGCAGGUGCCUUGAAGGGAAAUGAUGUUAACAAAAGAUCCUAAACAGUGGGUAAAGCUGUUUCCGAUCAGAUUCUGAUAUGCUGCCAUUUGGGGGAAAAACUCCUCUUCUGUUCAGCCGCGCACUUCCCGUAAAAAAAUGACCCCUGUCUCGCAUGCCUUCAUCAACACUUAGGGGGUUGAUGUGGGUAUUGGAGAAACUGACAGCUACCUGCAGUUAGCUUGUAACACGUUAGUAUGGAAUGUUGUUUUCAAACAUGACCUCUAGAUGGCAUCCUGCUUUAAAGUUUGCCUUUUUUUACCAUCCAUUUGGAUCACUGCUGUCAUAAAUGGUUGAAGUUGGGUGUUUUUACCUUGAAAUGCUAUCGGCAAACUACUGAGUGAUCCACACUAUGGGUUUCCAGCCCUCCUGCAGUCCGUGCUUGAUUGGACAUUUCAGUACUUGUACUCAUGCGUUAGAUAAUGCACGUAAAAGUCUCCGUAAUAUACAUAGGAAAGUUAGACUUCUUGAUAAUGAAGGAAAAGUAAUCAGGAAAAAAAUUCUAAUGAUUGAUGGGAAAACAGCAAUGGAUGAUUUAAGUUUAAAAUUAUAUGAAGAGAUAUAUAUUUUAAAUGGAUCUUAAUAUUAAAUACAGAGUAUACACUAUGGCUGUAAAAUGUUCAUUAAAUUGGUGUUUCUUAUGAGCAGUUAAGUGAAUAUUCUGUCUUCUGACUUGGAAGACAUUCAUGUUAUGUUAACUUUAUAGGUCAGUAAUUGGGACUACACUGGUACUAAGAGAAAUUAACCUUUAUCCUGUGACGAUGGAUCAUAGAUAUCGUUGUCGUAUUUCUGUGUAAGACGAUCAGCUCCACGUAAAGGGCCUGGUUUUAGUGCUCUGCCUUUUCUGGUGAAAAAGUUAAAUUGAAGUGCCUUGUAUUUUUUUAUUAGAUGUAUUUUUGCACCCUUUCCGCAUAAGACUUUUUGAGCAUUUUUUUUAAAUAGCUUACUUUUUUUCUUCUGACUUCUGGCUGGUGACUUUAGAGCACACACCACUGGACCAGCAGCUGCUAAGGGUUGGGGGGGGCUGCUAGCAGUUACGCUAAUCCCUCAGAUGAGCUUAAUGCUAGCUUUCGGGGCAGGCUCGCACUCUUAAAGCUGUUUGAGAUACGGUUCAUAUCUGCCAUUCCAGUACCAUGCAGACAGCCUGCCCCCUUUCCUUCAAAUAGAUGUCGGCGAUGUUUUACACUCCUGUCUAUGCAAUUCCAUCAAAGCUGUAUCCCCAACUUUUUAAUUACGCACAAAUGGGUUCCGGAGACCUGGCAUUUUUGGUGUUGGAAAUUAAGUGGAUUGUGGGAUUAAUUUUCUUAUGGGGCCCUGGACAGGUGAAGUAUACGAGAUUUGUCUUUUGUAUUUGCGUAAAGAGGAUUAUUAUGAAUUAAUGGUGUUUGCUGGUGUAGCCAUGGUUUUCUAAUCGUUAAUGUUUUCAGUUUGUAAAUGUUACUUCAGGUUUAAUUUUGUCAUUUUAAUACAAUUAAAAGUGAAUGUGGGUACAGUG